GUCUCCACAGUUUUUACUUCCUCCUGCUGCUGGCCUACUUCAUAGCCUGCUGCAUCUACAUCCAGCCUCUGUACCAGGCUCUGAGGAAAGGAGGUCCCAUGCACACCGUCUUCAAAGUGCUCACCACGGCGCUGGCAUUACAGGGCUGCUCCGCUCUCUGCAACUACAUCCACUUGGCCAGGUAUUCUCGAGAUGGUAUUGGUAUCCCUCUGAUGGGCAGCCUGGCAGAGUUCUGGGAUAUGGUGUCCCAGGUGUCCAUGCUGUACAUGUUACUGAGUCUGUGUAUGGGCUGGACUCUGAGUCGAGGCAGGAAGCCUCAGUCCAGACCUCUGCAGUGGGAACAGUCUCCGGCCUCCACGGCUGUCGCUGUUGGUGGAGUCAUUACACAGGGAGUGCUGCUGCUGUGGGAGCAGUAUUCAGAGUCUGACAGUGAACAUCACAGCUACCACGCCCAGCAGAGUCUGGCAGGUAUCCUCCUCAUGGCUCUGAGAGUGGGCCUGGCUGUGCUAUUGGCCUCUGUCCUCUACCAGAUCAUCUCCACCGAAAGGAGCACCCUGAAAAGAGACUUCUACCUCAGUUUCGCCAAGGGAUGCUUCCUGUGGUUCCUCUGUCACCCGGUCCUUGUCCUCUUGUCUGUUAUCUUCAACGAGCACCAGAGGGAGAAGGUGGUGACUAUCGGUGUGAUUCUCUGCCAGUCCAUCUCCAUGGUGAUCCUCUACCAGCUUUUCCUGUCUCGUUCUCUCUACUGGGAGGUCUCCUCUCUCUCCUCCGUGUCUCUGCCGCUCACCAUGUCCAGGACGAACCACAGGGGGCGCUACUAAGCACACCCACUGUCAAACUUUACCCGAUCACCACGGGAGAGGGAGAACAUGCUAAGAAAACAGAGGCUUCUCCUCCCUGAACUUCCCAUCCUGUCAGAGGAGGGAGACGUCCUGAGCCUGAUGAAGCAAAGAAGACAAGGAGUGCUGUAACACUGCAGGGACUGUUCUCCUUUGCUGUUAACUGUUUCCUGGGAGAACAAUCAUGGCCACUAUAGAGCAAGUUACCAGGAAACGAUAGCUUGGGUCAGAGAAUGACCAGAGGACGAUAUUUACAGCAACGCCCUACCUCUAGUGACAGAUGAUUUUUGACUGGACAUUGCUGAGUAGGAAGAAAAAGUUAUUUAAUGCGGGACCACCUAGAGAGGAGACUCUAAGUGGUCUCUUGUGCUCUCCACGACAUGCUGGAUGUGAAAAUAGCAGCCAACAUACAAUUUCAAAUGAAAAGACGGAUGAAGACGGAUCGGCGACAUCAAAAUUUUAAGGAUGCAUCUAGUGGUGAGGUAGAAGUCAAACAUGAAUGAAGAUUUACCCUUGACAGUGCGGAGGGUAGAGAUGGUUGUUUGGACCUCAAGGACACAGGACAAGAUCACAUUCUUGUGAGGUUUAUUCUUUUGUAUUUAAGGCAACUUCUCUGAACUUGCCCUGCUCAUUAAACUAGACUUAGAUCAUAUACCCAAAGAGAUAGAUAGUAAGAUAGAUUUAAGAAAGACACAAAGGAAAAGAAAGUUGUUUUUCUUUCUGUCUUAAAGGACAAGGUUGGUGUUAUUCUGUGUUUUUCUUAUUCUCAACAAAUCCCAUGAAAAGAACAAAACCAACAGUGUAACUCUCAAUAACAGACAAUACCUUGUCUGUGCAAAUGUGGAGGUUGCAACCACAUUUCGAACCAUAAGAAGUACAUCUUUAAAAACUGCCCAUGUGAUUUAAAAAACAAAAAAAAAAAAAACAAAAACUAAAUCUCCCAAAACAGCAGAGCACUGUAGUUUUUAGCAAACAUAACUCAAACAGCAAUAAAUAGUGCAUUUGUUGGGGACUAGUUUCAGCUGCGGAUUAAUACACAUUUGGUGCUCUACUGAGAGUUUACAGUAGCAGAACGGUGCAUGUGGGAUUGAAUCAAAAAUAAAAUACAGUGCCCGCAUUCAUCGUAAUAACGGAAUACGUCUGCCCGUGCAACAAUGUGGUUCACCGUUAAUGUCAAUACUUUUUGGACAACAGUGGCGCUCUAUGGCCCAGAGAAAUAAGACAGUAAGAUCAUUUCAUUGUCUGUUUUGUUCUUCUCAUCACAUUUCUGGAAAGUAAGAGAAUAGAUGAAUGGAUGGAGAGUUCAGUGGAUCAGUACGUGGUUAGACUUACAUGUUAGUCAGUGGACAAACAGACGAUUGGAUGGGCUGAGUAGGUGGUUGAUAGAGAUGGAUAUACUGAUGAAUGCAUAGGUGGAAGAAUGGAUAACGUUUGGACAGAUGGAUACAGUAUGUGGCUCCCUAGACAGGUGGAGAAAUGGAUUUUUAGUGAAAUAUAAAGGUUUAUUUUUGUCUUUGCAUAUCCAAAGUGAUGCAUAUGAGCCAAAAUAUCAGUCUGUGUGUUCCCUUUACUCACAGAUCAAGCUGUACUUAAAGUCGUUUCUUCACUCUCGACAUGAAUUUAGGAGCUGACAGCAUGCGAGACCUGAACCCUUGAAACCAUGUAAACUGUAUGUAGCUGGAGAGACACUGCAUGACUUAUCCUUCUUUUUUUAUCUUUUAAUAUAAAAAGCGAAUCAGGACAAACCAAAGUCACGUCAAACGAUUCCAGUGUGCAAAUACAGUCCAGUGGUAUUCCCAAUUACACAUCUCCAUUGUUACGUUCUCAGAUUAUUUAGCUCUGGACACACUGUGACUUAUUACUGUCACGGUGAAGCUCACUAAAACUGACUUAUUUUUCAAAGGGAAUAUUUGGAAAGCAACGUGAUACAUGGAAGCUAAAGCAGUUGCUGGCACUACACACUAGUUUCCUCUGUGAUUUCAGUGUUUUAUUGAACCCUAUUCAUUAUGAUCUAAUUACAUUAGUAACCCUGUUAGAGCUGCAACUAACAAUUAUUUAAAUGACUGAUUAGUAAGUCGAUUAUUUUCUCCAAUUUAGUAAAUCAAUCAUUUGGUCUAAAAAACAUCAAAAAACAGUGAUGAAGUUGAUGUCUUAAGAUGUCUUAUUUUGUCUAACCACUUGUCCGAAAACCCAAAGUAUUCAUUUUAAAAUGAUACAAAACAGAAAAGCAGAAAGUCCUCUGAUUGGAGAAGAUGGAACCCUCAGAUUUGAUCAACUAACCGUUUUAGUCACUUUCUAAGCGAAAAUGACUAAAACGGUUAAUUGAUAAUUAGAAAAGUUGCUGUUUAAUUUUCUGCAAAUCGAUUAAUAGACUAAUCCUUUCAGCUCUAAUGCUGUUUUGUCUGCUAAAAAAUAAAACAUUUCUUCAUGCAGCAGGCUUUUCAGUUACUUCAACAUGGAGGUACAGUCUCUGUCCCCACGCAGCCCAAGUCUCUCUUUUAACUUGCCGAAAAAAAAAAAAAAUAUCAAUUAACUCAAGGUACACUUACUAAGCAAGCAAGUGGGCCUUGCGUUAAAGAAGUCCUGUGGAGUUUGCUUGUAAACAAAGGUCAUGAUGCAUUCUGUGUAUCCUUGAGGUCUAACAAAAAUUUGCUGUUGAAUUGUGUAAUGUUUACAUCAUUGUUUACUAGCUACCAGUCCUCUUUGCCUUUGCUGGCGCAUUGCCGUGUUUCUCUGCACCAUGCCAUCGCCAACAGGCAGAGUUGCGUACCGAGUCGCUCGCAUGCUUGUGCAAAAUGAAACGUGGAUCCACUCUGACAAACAUUGCUCAAAAGCACUGCUAGCGGUCGAAAACUCCAUAGGGCACCUUUUUAAAAUUUUGUUUGGUCAACUACUUGUAAGGCCAAGAGUGCACCUAC